UUGUUGGUGUAUGGCAGAAGGGGCAGAGAGAGGGGAGGUAAGUUUAUUGUUGGAGAAUAUGACACUAAUAUCAACUCUAUGGCUUAUAUAUCUAUCACAAUUCAACUUAUAUGACAUAAUAAACAAUAUUAAUAACAUAGAAACAUGGAAUAUACUCUAGAAUGAAUAAGAUAAGUCAUUAUGUAUGUCACGAGAGGUGUUGUGUUGUUGUUCGGUAUAUAAGGGCCACUGAGAGUAAUGGUGGUGAAGCAGCAGCUGAGACGGGGGUGUUUUCUGUAGCCCUAUAUAACUCCAACAACAUUGGAGGAGUUAGUAGAAUUGCUGAAUCACUGAAGAAGAGUCCUGAGAGUCGUCGUGGUGGUGUAAAUGGUUCUCGUGGGAAUGGGCGAGAGGGUAGAGUGUUUAGACGAACAGCCUCCUUACACGAUGACACCCCCCACCACUCUCGACACCAUUACCGUUCACUCGAGAUCACACGGCCACAGGUAGAAGACUUGCUAGGCCACUCAAGUGAUGGUUCCACACAUCAAGGUCUUGACUUUCGGGAAGUGAGUGGAUGCCUGGGGUCUGGGAGUGGGCCAGGUCGAGUGGGACCAGGGGUUACCACUAGACAGUGCCCCUCCAUGCCUUUGACGCCAGACUUAGAUCCAGAUGCCCUUAGGCCAUCCCCACCACGCAGUCAAUCCCAGCCCUCAGAUUUAACUCAGGCCCGGUGGCGUCGUAAGUGCCGCUCACCCCUGCAAGGUGCAGCCCUCGAUCCUUGGGCACCCCGUCGGGAGGACUCCAGGGGCUCUGAGCCUGAAUCCUGGGGCGACUUCAGAUCCCUCACCGAAGCGCCCAUCGCUAGACUAGAGUCGCUGGACGAGAUGGAAUCGUUGUCUGAACGCUCUCGGGAAGCAAGUCCCGGCACCAGUCGAGUGACCAUGUCAGAUGCCUCGAAGACUGAAUCUGAUGUCUGAAACCCCGCCUGGCACUAGGAACCCUCAGGGACCUAGAGCCCUCUCAGGUUGGAAUCCGGCAUUUAUUGCUUGGCAUCCAAAGUCCACUAGAAUCUGCAACGAAUGAAUCUUUUAUAAACAGUUCAAUGUUUGAGAGAAAGACAGACCUUAACUGAUUGACAGUUGUAGUAGCCACUGAAGACAUGAGCUGAAAUAUGAAAACAUUUGUUAGUAAAUUAUGUGGAAUAACGUAAGUAAACUGCCAUAGAUAUUUUUAUUAACAUCUAAAAGCAAGAAGGUCUCUAUCUUCUGCACUUAAAAGUUAUUAAGUUCAAUAAACAUGAAGUUAAUAAAGCCUUAUUAUACUGAACUUCAUAAUAUUUUAUACAGUACAUAUACUCUCAUGAGAAGUUAAAUAAUGUUGAAAGUGAUAGGCAAGAUUUAGGGAGGGAAAGCUGAGAAUUCUCUUUACAAUGUAAAGAAUUUUCAUAUCUUUCUGAGUGCUGCUGCAUUAACCUUGAUCUGAUGUAUUUCUGAUACUAUUUGAUAUAAUAAGUUUAAAGCCCUACAGUGCAGUUAAAAGAUAUUGCUAAAUAUUUAUAAUGUCUAAAUUCUUGUUCAUCCAUUGUGACUCUUGGGUGGGAAAAUUCUCAUCUUCAAAUGGAUAUAUAGAUAAAAAAAAAUGUUUUGGUGUGCAGAUAAUUUACAGUAGAAAAUGGUGCACAUUUUAGCAACCGAUCGUUAUUUGUUUCCGAUUCGGUAACACUGCAACGUCCAGGGAAUGAUGGUAAUUAAUUUUUAAGAUUAAGGUUUUCUGUGAUGCCUCACAUUUGAGGAGUGGAGAACAUAUAGUCAGGUUGUGUUAAAGAAAUUCCUUAUCAGGCUUUGUCAGUUCUAGUUAUAACAAAGGAUAAAGAAUGCACUCAAUGAACACAAUAAACACUUGUUUUGGUUACUCCAAAACAUUCAUUCAUGUACAACAUUUAGCUCUAAGAAUCAUUUUGGAGUAUUGAUCUUACUGCAUUUUAUAAUUUGUUAUAAUAUAUAGAUUUCCUUUUUUAUCAGUAGUAAACAGUAAUUGAUGAUAACUGAUAAGGGAGUUCUUAGAGGCAAUCUUAGAGAUGUAGUUACUUGUUAAAACAACGGCUCAAAGGUUUAGUUAAUGUUUGCAAACAUUAUCACUAAGAUGAAAUUAAGGCAAGUAAAUUUCAUCAAGUACUCUCAUAUAUAGCAUCCAUUGUUUGAGUCACUAACUAAGCAUUUUGGUCAUAAUAUACAAGAACUCAGGAGUUUCUCUAGUCUCUCACAUAUGGCUCUCUCAACUCUGUGAAUAAUAUGUUUACUACUGGAUAAGGUUACACAGCAUUUUCUUACAAUAUUUAAGUAUUUGUAAUUUGUAGUCAUGAAGAUUACAGUAAAGGUUAUAGGAUCUCAGUAGUAUUUGACAUCCAAGUAGGGGGUCUGAGUCACUGCAGUAGAUGAGCAAAAAUUAUGUCCAUAUCACAACAUAAUUUGUGAUGUCAGACUCUUACUGAUGAACACGUCACUAAUAUUAGCAACAGUUUGAAGUACAGUACCAUGUUUGAAGACAAGGUGGUUAUAUCAUAAUCAUAAAGAAACCUUUCAUAAUUUGAUCAACAAUUGGUUAACAAAAGUCAAGUAAGUAUUGGUUGUUGGUGACUUAGCAAAAGUUUACUACUUAUGGUGAGCUGAAAAGUGGUUGUGAGUAGCUUUAAUGUUUAAGAAGAAGAUGGCAGCAUAUUAUGAUUGUGAUAGUCUGUGAUGCUCUUAAGUAUUGCAAAGAUACUCUACAUGCUCAUUCAUUAAAGAAAAAAUUCUAUUAAAUAGCCUGUGUCUUGCCAUUUAUUUUGAAAGUUUACAUCUACUUAGCAAAGCCUCUUGUGCCAAUUGAAUUACAGUGUUCAGAAUUUUUCAUGAAACUUCAGCCAGAGUGAUAGCUCUAAUAUUUUAUCUGCAAGUAUAUAGUAUGUGUGUGUGGGGGGGGGGGGAUAUACUUGAGUGCACAUGUGUGGAAUUGUGUAUGCAUGCAUGUGUGUGAAUUGUGUUGUACUUUAUUGCCAGAAUUUGCUGGCUUGGUGUAAUUAAUAAAACUCAGUUAUUUUGCUAGGCAAGAAGAGCAUAUUAGCUUGGCAAAAAGAUCAGUCAAAAUGUCACAAAACUAGUGAACCAUGUUUCAUUGAUGUUAAAUUUGGAUUAUGGCAAGUAAGAUUAAUUUAUAUUAGGUGAAUUCUAGUAAGUUUAGGUUAGGCUAGGUUGCUAAGUUACUUUUGGUGCAAGAUAAAAUUUUUUAUUUCAUAUUUAUUAAUUUGAAUAUCAGUUCAUAAGAAAAAUUUGAAACAUAUUAUUUCAAAGAAAAUUCUGUGUAAUAUAUUGCAUUGGGCUCUAAUGACCCCUAGGAACUCGACCACUAUUACAGUAAAUCACCAUGCAGCAAUUGUAAAAUGUAGGUGGGAAUGAAUGUGCAUUAAUAGAUCUAGCCAUUCUAAAAUCUAAGCUGAGAGCUUUAGAAACCUAACUGCCCAUGAGCAUGUCAGGGCAAAAUGCCUAAGCUGGCAGUAAAAAUGUACAGCUUUCUUUUAGUUGGCACAAAGACUAGGAUCAUUUCAUGCAUACCCAUUCAGUGGAGAAACUAGUCACCCAGCUAGCACACUUAUGUAGUACAGUGUAAAGUGCAUUUUCCUAUCUCCUGAGUCAGCCACCCACUCCCAUCUAGCUUGAUUGUGCAUUGGGGGAAACCUCCCUACUCCAGUAAACCACACUUGUCCUGUUCCACAAUUUUGUGGUUGUUAAGUUGGUUUGUCCCUUAUUACUUUGAUAGUAAGGUUCUCACUACAUGUUCUAGUGUGGGGUAGCUUUUUACUUAAUGGCCUUAUCUGUCUAGGGGUAAUACUUACAUCAUGGCUGAUCAUCUUGAGUGUCUGAUAUCCUCUCACCAGCCCUCUUCACAGGUUAUGUAAACUACUACUAUAAAAAUAUAACUGUAUUCUCAAUAGAUAUGUACAGAAUAUACAAUUACAGCCUCACACUUUAAAAACAAAGAUCUACACACUCCAUAGCUGUUCUCCCACAUGGUGUAUCUUAUUAACUUUUGUCCUUCUCUCUUCUUGACAUAACUCUGGGCUAACCAGUGUUUUGACACACUUUAGUCACCCUGGGUAUGGUGGCCACAGCUUAAAUUAUAAAAACUCACCCCUGGAGCACACAUACUGCCCCAAAAGAUAGAAGAAGAACCCAGAGAUCCUGCCAGGUUGAAGGUCAGCCACAGAGAGAGAGAGUCGAGAGGGAGAGAGAUAAAGACUAGCUAAGCUCCUCCCACCAAAACAAAAGACUGUUGCCAAGCACAAUUCUCCAGUUACCACAAUUCUACCACCCUUAAUUUUACUUUUACAAAAAGAAAUACAAUUUUAUAAACUACGUACUUAUUUAAAUUGUGUGUUUAUGCGUCUAUAGUAUAACCUAUUAUAUUGAGAAAAAUAGGCUUGACCAGCUGCCUCUCAGUCAUAAGGUUGAUCAGCCCUUAUGACAUUUAGAACUGAGUCCCCAUCAAUUCAAUAUAAUUAGGUAUUCCAGAGUAACUGUUACUUAUAAAUACAUGUUGGGUCCUAUAGCCCCAUAACAGUGGUGGGUCUUGCAUCCUUACCUCAUCUCCUACCUGGGAGCUGGCAUCCUCCAGGCACCUUGAUCAUUUUUCUCUCUGACUCUCUCCAUGAUCUCUGCCAUCUGCAUCUCACUGCUGUGCAUCCUCCUCCAACACUGGUCUACCCUAUAGUACUGCCUGUCCAUGGGUACAGUCACGUUGUCUCCCAGUAACCAGUUGCAUAGGUAACUUGUCUUUAUCUUAGGGGUGUAUUGAAAUAUUGUAGGAGAGUCUUGGAGAGUACUUUUGCCAGAAGGUUGCCUUCUUUCUGCUUAAUCACAUAAAUUGCAACCUCUGCUCGUCUAUUAGACUGAGGAUAGUGACACCCCUUGGCAGUUUUUGAAAAAAAAAAUUAUUUCAUCACUAGAAAAGGUAAUACCUCCAUUCAUAGAGAUUUCUUCAGGAGUCUUGCCUCUCCCACCUGGUAAAAUAGGCACCCAACUUCAGGAGAAGGACAGCUGAUGAGUCAUUGGGAAAGUAUGGCACCUCCACCCAACAUGUCAGCCUGUCUGUAUAAGCCAUUUACACUUGGCAGUUAAGUUGGACAUGUGCAUUUCACAAGUCUCACACAGUGAUCAGUGUUACUGAAAAUCAGCUUCCAGUCCCAGGCUCUGUGUUGAAUGUAGCACUGAGCAGCAGAAUCUGGGAUUACCAGAUGCACUCACCCUUGUGUGUACAUGUAGGUUACCAACUCAUCCACAAUGGCCAACUUUUCCCUCACAUUGUAGAAGGGCUUGGGACUGGGCAUCUCUUGGGCCUGGCCAGUGGACCAGUCCCAUGUCCUUACUCUUUUGAUUAACAGUUGAUAUUUAAUAUUAGCCACUGUUACACUCACCACCAUGUUCUAGUUCAACACUACUCCAUCCUCCACUGCUAGUGUUGCCAAAGGGGCCACCACUAGCUCCUCAUGUUGCAGAUAGUCCCUACUUUCCAGCACAGGAUAACUGGGGAGAGGGUCCACUGCAGUGUUUUCCCAGGAAGGUAUCUGACACAGAAUUGGUAUUAAAGUGUCUUCUUGAAGAGAAAGAGCCUUCAGUUUGCUGGUAAUCAGUAACUAAGGUGAGGGAUAGGUGGGCCUUCCUCAAGCACUAGACUACUGUCCAGUCUUUUUUAUUUCCUUUUUGUGGUACUAAAAUAAUGUAGUUUACAUGUAAUAAAACAUUGGUAAGCAUAAAAGAAAGCCAGUAGUGUGCCCUCAGCUGACAUCAGAUGGUGGCUUUCACAUAGUGCCAGCUGCCUGAGCAGCAGAAUGGCUUUUUCAACCAAAGUGCAGCAGCAAUAUUGCUGCAGGGCUACAAACCCAGUGCUCUCUCUACUCCAGUCAGUGAUGGCCACUGUUGGUUGGGAUUUGUCAUAAUAUACUAGCCUAUUCUUUGCCACCUGCCAGAUUGUGUCUUCAGAAUGUUCAGAUUUCUGUUGCAGCUGCUGGCUCCAGUGAACCUUUUUCCCAUGUGUUUCUUGAGGAGAUCCCUGAAAGGUUGCCUGACAGAUGUCUUGGCAAUGAAUGUUUAAGUUGGUUGAUUCAUUCAUGCCAUGACCUUAUUUUGGUGAUGAGUUAACUCAGUAUUGGGAAAUCUCUGAUGGCAGCCAGUCUGUUUCCUGUGGGUUGGUAUCCCUCCCAUUCUAAAUGAAAUCUUAAGAAUUUCACCUCUUGCUGGCAGAACUUGAACUUUUCCAGGUGUAACACUUCUCCAUUCUUGCUGCAAGUCCCGAGGAAGCUCCCUAUGUACCAGAAUGACUUUGGAAAACUGACAUCAUAGAAUAGGGAGUUGUCUGUGCACAUAUGUUUAUUGGCUAUACCCUCAUUAAGAUCAUUGAACCUCUUUGUAUAUGCAUAUGAGGCAAAACAAUGACCCAUUGGGGUGUGGUUGUAAUGGUACUUCCCCAUAGUGUGAUCAUUGUGAAAGACUGGCUUGAUUCAUUCAUUUCCACCUGGUGAAACCCCUGAUAUGCAUUGGCUACUGUUUUUACAUGUGGAGGGAACACUGGACACCAUGUCAAAUGGUGCUGGUGUGUGGUGAGUUUUCCUUCUUGCAACUGGUAUUAGGUAUUUAAAAUAUACAGUGCACCAGAGUUGAUCAGUCUUCUUAGGGACCACCACCAUUCAAUGGCCUCACCUUGUAGUACAGAUCAUGUUACCCCUCAUCACACAUCAUCCAGGUGCUGCUUGACCUUGGUCUUCCAGUACUUUGGUACCAAGGCAGGUGUAUGGUUAAAUGCCAGACACUAGGUGUACAGCAUGUGGUGGGGUUCUCCCUUCACCAGCAUUGAUUCUCUGGAGAUGCUGAAUGUUAUAGAUAAAAAAAAUGCCACUUAAAUCAUUUGACAGCUUGGGGAAUUUGCUUGCUAUACUAGCAGCAGGAAAAUAGAAGAACAUGAAUCACCACCUGCUACAUACUGCCCCUCUCCCAGGAUUGCAGGUAUGGAGGACAUGUGGUCAGGAAAUUUCUGAUUUAUCAGCCCCAGGUCUCUAGUGACAGGCACAGAACCUGCACACCCUCAGCAAAGUGCUUCCUGUCCUUGAUGAUCCUGCAGCCCAGCUCUAGUACAUGCACUACCAUGUCUAGCACUUAACUUUGCCUCCUGUAAUGUGACAGGUCAAAAGUUGUUUGCAGUUGUUGUGCAUUGAACAUCUCCAGUAUUGGAAAUAUAAACACACAUGCAGUAUAAUGUGAUCCUUUAUUGACAAUGUUUUGCCCACAUAGUAGGCUUUUUCAAGUGACUUGAAAAAGCCCACUGUGUGGGCAAAACGUUGUCAAUAAAGGAUCACAUUAUACUGCAUAUGUGUUUAUAUUUCCAUUCUGUCGGUAUUUUAUACCAUUUAUUUCCAUCUCCAGUAUUCCCAAGUGUUCCAUGCCCGCCCACCCGUCUGUCUGCCCUACCUACCUACCUCAACACUUGUAUUGGAUGUCAGGAUGACUUUUGAGAGGUGAUUACAGCUACCAUUAAGCAUGGAAGGCUAAUGUUAAAAGAUUUCUUGCUUCAAAGUAGGAUUGCUCACCCCUGCAAUUUUGGUAUGUAGCUGUCACAAUCUAAUUUGCUUUGUUGUCAUCUAUUCACAAAUACCCUCAGGUUCAGAUCGAUCAAUCGAUCACUGUACCACAUUCUUGUAUUAGCUUGAAGAAUCUGUCCUACAUGAUGGCAGUGAUGGGAGCAUUGUGCACAAUGCUUCCUACACCAUCCACUGGCAUUUUCUGGCUGUAACACUUUCCACUUGGAUUUUGGGAAUUUGGCAUUAAAUUUCCCUUUUCAGUAAUGGAGGCUGGGUUAGCUACCCUGGAUAACCCAAUGAAGUCAGUGUGCUUUAUUUCCAUUGGAGUCCUUAAAUAUUCUUCUUCAGGAUGAUGCCCACAACAGUCAACUAACACCCAGGUACCUGCUUACUGCUAGGUGACCAGGGACAACAGGUGUAAGGAAAAAUGCCCAACAUUUCCACUCAUGCCAGGAAUCAAACCACAGAUACUCAUUGUGUGAGCUAAGUGUACUAUCAGCUGAGGCACUGGCUCAAGCAGGUGGUUUGCCAUUUGGCCAGUACUGUGUUGCCCCUCCUCCUCUUGUUUUAAAAAACACAAGCCAUACAGCAGGCAUUCAUACACCUGUAAAAUCACACAAAUGGAUCAGGUUUUUGCACUGGGGAAUCUUGCAGGAUCAUGAUUACAUGCAGAUUCCCACCACAACCACAAUGCUGGCACAGUGUAGCAGUAGUUAUAAUUUAAUAUCUUUAUUAUGCACCCCAUACCCAUCCUGUGGGAAAUAGUCAAAAGAUUACAGAGGUACAUAAUGCAUCCAGGGACUGGGCUGCAAAGUUUUGAUAACUGAACACAUUACAUUGGUAAUGAACUAUUUGCAUGAUUAUAUCUGGUUACAGUCAUAAUGAAUUAUUUAUGCAGACAUGAAUUAGGUCACACGCACACACACGAUGUUUAAGUGGUAAUGCAUUAUUUACAGUGGAAAGAGUCUGUAUUUUUCCAGAAUGGUUGGUAAUGUACCACUGUGGAUAAAAUACUCUGACAUUUCUUGAACAUUUAUGAGUGAGUUGUCUCUGAAUUCAUUAAUUUUAUCGCAUUCCAGAACAUAAUGAUGCAAGGUGUGACAGUCAGUGGUAGGGUGAUAAAAAAAAAUGACCAGUAAUCCUCCACUGCAAUAAGAGGAAAGUUGGUGACAUUAACAUGAUUGAAUGAUGGUUGGAGUCUGGGGCAUUGCUAGGUGCCCACUCAACACCAAAAAUAACUUGCUAACUACCUUCAAAAGUGAUGAUGCUGUGCUGAAAGUGAUCAUGUGUGCUGUCAGCAGUAACAGCCUGGUUGAUCAGGCCCUGAUCCACCACAAGGCCUGGUCAUGGACUGGGUCAUGGGGGCAUUUACCCCCAAAGCACCCUCCGAAACAUACUCCAGGUAUAAUAUGUUUAUAAUUAUACACCAAAGGUAACAUGGUAAAUCUUUCCUAACAUGGCUAUAAUUAAUGUAAUAUAAUUUAAUUAAAUCCUGCUCAAUUUAUCUUGCAUCAACUUAAAUUUAGUUUGUAUUAUUUGAUAUCAAUGAAAGAUGACAAUUUUGUGUUGUACAGAUUUAUUUUCACAAACUUAAUACAACAGAAAAUUUACACAAUACUUGUUGGGGAAAAACAAUCAUUGCUUUAUAAGCCAGGUAACAGUCAGUCUUUGCCUAAAAACCACAGUACAACAUGAAGAGGAUUGGGAAGGUAUCACUGGCCAGUUCUUAGUUAAGUUGCUGGAGCUUUCAAAAUAUGUAUGGUAAAUUAAUGAGUGUAUCAGGUAAGUGGGAAUAGGAUUCAUGUAGAAUAUUGACUGAUAAAAUCUUUGAACACCUGGGGAAGCAAAUGGUCUUGGGAUAAUUGUAAGUAAUAGAUUUUCAUAAAGGGUCCAGUUGUGAACCUUAUGCAUUUUUGCUACAAUAUAUUUUAAGAUAGCUUUCAUAUACAGUACUGUAAUUUCUUAUUUACUUGGACUAAUGUGUGCAGAGAGGUGUCCAAUUCACAUCAUACCCUCAAUAUAGUUAAAUGUCUCCAGUCUGGUAUUCCGUAUUCCAACACCACCCAUAAUGAAGUGAAGAUAGUCACUGCAAUAGUACACAUGUAUUACAGACACUAUUUACAAAGACUUGCAACAUUGUACACAUUCAGAACCUGCAUAAAUACCAAGCUUACCUGAUGAUUCUAUACCUGAGCCAAAUUUUGAGCAUCUCACUGCAUUGUACCAGCUCCUAUGAUGGAGGAAAUGGCAUACUAUCUUUGUAUUUCCCAUUGUUGCACUCUCAUCUUGGAUUUUCUUUGACUCUGAACUCCUUGACUUAUAUUGAAUUACCCUCAUAUUCACAUGAAGAUAGAGAAUUCAAAUUCAAAUUCAGAGCUGGUAUUCACAGCACUUAUAAGGUUCCACAGCAUCCUUUGUUCUUACACAUUCAAAAGUUUUGUUUUAUUCUGGACCUGUGCCAGUAGAUGGCACAAUGCUCUUGGCUCUUUUUUUUUUUUAUAAUUUGCAUGCCAUGUUUUGGUGAAGCAUGCAGAGUUAUAUGGAGAUAAAUACUGGGCAUAUACUUUUUGUUAUGGGACUAUGGGACCCAACACAUAUUGUUGUACAUAAGUAACAGUUACUCUGGAAAUACCUAAUUAUAUUGAAUUGAUGGGGACUCAGCUCUAAAUGUCAUUAAAGUGAUCUGCCCUUAUGACAUUUAGAGCUGAGUCCCCAUUAAGUCAAUAUAAUUAGGUAUUCCAGAGUAACUGUUACUUAUAUAAAACAAUAUGUCUUGGGUCCCAUAAUCCCAUAACACUUUUAUACAAAAAUAUGCUCUAGUUAGUUUUCAUUUCAAGUAUUGUGGUGUCCAUACUAUAAUUGUCACAAAUUGUUCAGUCUACAGUUAGGUUUUCUUGACUUUCGUAUAUCUCAUUUUCUGGCUUACAAAAUUUGUAGUUUAGCAUCUAUCUAGCCCAUUUCUUGCCAGACUGGAGUAUGAUAGAAAUAUGAAUUUUCUCUCUUUGGUAACAAAUGUUGGAAUUAUAAAGAUUUUUCAAAUAGAAAGUAAGAAUUUCUACUUUUAUUCAGUAGUGGCUGGGUGAGAGUAAGACUUGUCUAGCAUGAGCCAGUUGGCCUGCUACAGUGCUCCACUAUUCUUAUGUUAAUUCUGAAUGUCAGAGAAUGUUCAAAAUUCAAAAUUUCAGAAAGCAUUAUUAUUUGGAAAAAAAAAAAUGAAAUUAUGAAUUAAUGCCAUACUGUGUGGUAAAUUCAUGCUCUUAUCUAGAACAUUCCAAAUUUCUGAGGUCAUUCCAGAAUAUAAAAAAAAUAGAAAAUAUCUUUCCAUAAGAAAAUCAUGAACUGGAGAUAAGUGUCAGAAUAAAUUUUUGCUUGUUUUUGAAAUGUUCUGAAUUUCCAAGAUAAUUUUUGGGUAAAAAAAGGUUAAAAUUGCAAAUUUGGUUGUAUGAAAAUAAAAUGAAUAUUAGAUUUCAAAUUGAGAGAAAUUAUUUUACUGUAUAUGAAUAGCUGACUGUUAAAGAAAUUAUUUACAAUAUAUGUUAACAUAAAAUUCAGAUAUGCAGUAGAAGUGUAGCAUGUGCAUAUGUAUAAAUGCAGACAAAAUAUAUUACAAUACACGCCGGGUCACCAUCUGGAGAAGACCCCGGUCGGAAGUACCGGCAAAUCCCUAAUGAAUGAAUGAAUUACAAUACAUCAAGAAUACCAUAAAAUCAAUCCAAGAAUUAAAAAAUGUGAUCUACAAAGAAAAACCAAUGACUUUCAAAAGUUUUUUGUGACUAAGCCACAAACUGAAGAUGGAACUAAAUGAAGCUAGUCCAUCCAAGAUCAUUAUCAACCCAUGAGUGAAAAAAAACAAGUGAAAGCCAAAAACCAGGUCAUGUGAAGAGAUGUUAAGAUGACCACCCUGCUUGCCUUCCCAGUACUAUAUAAUAAAUUGUCAAAUGUUCUUUUAUUCAGAACACACAUGACUUGAUCUGACCCUCACUUGCCUAACCUCUAUUCACUUGACCUGAUUUUAGCUAUCACCUGACAUGAUUUCUGGCAUUUAACUAUUUUCUCUUUCAUAACUUGAUAAUAGUCCAGAAUGAACCAAAAUGUUAUCUAGUUUAAUCUCCAAUUUGUAAGUUAGUUGUGAAUUGUUUCUGCAGCAGCAUUGUGACUUGAGAAGCCAAUGGUAAAUGAUUGGAGCAAAAACCACAUGCAAAUUUAUAAAUUUAUAUGAAAAAAUUAAACUUAAGUUUUUUUAUAGCCAACAACAUGGUAACCAAGAGGAUACUAUUUUAAACAAAAAGGCAUGAGAUGCAGAGAAGAUAAUAGAAAAUAUGGUACAGUACUCGACAAAAUGGCAAAUUUGCCAAAGUUUAUUCAACGAGGAAGUAAUGUGUGCUUAAACUUCUGAAAACUUUCAAAAUAUACAACAUAUGACUUAAGUUUAUUAUAGAAAGAGGGACACCAUAAGCAUAAGUGUAUUCAAGUUUAUUAUAGAAAGAGGGACACCAUAAGCAUAAGUGUAUUCCUGUAAUUACUGUUAAGUAAAAAUUAAAUCAGUAAAAAUAUUCACAUACAUGCCUACAGUACAUAUAUACAUACAUUUGUAGGGGAAUUUUGAAUUUCAAAAAAUAUAUUAUAAAUUUUAACUGCGGCAUAUUGUAAAAUGACUUUACCAUGAGUAACCAAUCUUUAAUAUUAACCCUUAAACUGUCCAAACGUAGAUCUACGUUUUUUCAACAUUUGAAAGUAUGUAAAAAAAGUAGAUCUUUGUUUUUUUUAGAUUUGAAAACGUGUAAAAAAACUUUGAUCUACGUUUUUUUUUUUCUUUUUUUUUGUUAUUUUUUAAAAUAUGUAAAAGAAACGUAGAUCUACUUUUGGAGCACUACGCAUGUGAAUGUAGAUCUGCUUGGACAGUUUAAGGGUUAAUAAGUCAUUAUCACUUCACUUUGAUGGUGCAUCUGAAACUGAGCAUAUAGUCCCAAUUCCUGUGAAGAGGAGCCAUGCUGGAACCUUGUGAAAAGUUGAAAUAGUUACCCCUAAUACAUGUAAAAUGCUGGAAGUGUUGCCCUUGAGUCCUGUGCCAGAGUGUAUCUGUGCCUUCAGCUUCCCCAUCACCUGCAGGGCCUUCAUUUCUCUUGCUGUUUUUUAUUUUUACCUUCUAAUGUUCAUCACAUUUUGCCCUCUUAACUAUGGUUUUUAUGAUUGUUUAUUAUGGUGCAUCUAAAUACUAUGAAGCUGCUUCUGUAUUCCAUCAAUAGUAUUUAGCAUUAUUGUUUGCAUACCUGCCCUGCUGCUCCUAUUAAUCCUCAUUUAUAACUAAAUCACAGCAAAGUACAGUACAUCAUGUAUUCAAAUUAGCCCAUUGUAACAGUUCUUGAAAUAUGAUAGAUAAUUUUAAAGUCAGAAAUGGUAAAUUAAUCUGGGUGUAUUUUUCUUUGCUUUAACUCACUAUUGAAAUGUAGUAACAAUAUACCAUUAAGCUUGAAUUUUCAUCUUGACAUCUCUUAGCUUACAGAUUCAUAUUGUAAUUUAUUUCAUUGCAUACAUCAUCCAAUUUCAUUGUUUUUCCUUCAGUAGUUUCAAAACAAAUACUGUACCAUGUUCUUUUGUUUUUCUAUGCAAUCAAUUCUUUAUAAUUCUUUUUUCCUACCAAAAAUCUUAAAAAUAUAUUCAGAAUAUUUAUUCUCAGACUACUGUACAUGUACCCAGCUCUGAAUUAAUCAUGCCAUGAAAACUAAAUUGCACAAAACAAAAUUUGGAAAUGGUGAUCCUCAUGCUGUUGACUUUCUUCUCAAACUAUGGAUUUUUGUAACUACUGUAUUUAAAAAUAAAUUAGUUUUAAAUUUCUGUUAAAAACAA